GGGGCGGGAAAGCGGAGAAACAACAACAACGGCGGCGGCCCCGCGGCGUUACGAUACUCGUGAAAGAUGGUGGAUCGCUUGGCAAACAGCGAGGCAAAUACUAGAAGGAUAAGUAUAGUGGAAAACUGCUUCGGAGCAGCUGGGCAGCCCCUGACUAUUCCUGGCCGUGUUCUGAUUGGAGAGGGAGUCCUAACGAAACUGUGUAGGAAGAAGCCCAAAGCAAGGCAGUUCUUCCUGUUCAAUGACAUUCUUGUUUACGGUAACAUUGUCAUCCAGAAGAAGAAAUACAAUAAACAGCACAUAAUCCCACUGGAGAACGUCACCAUUGAUUCCAUCCAGGAUGAGGGAGACUUACGGAACGGGUGGCUUAUCAAGACACCAACAAAGUCCUUUGCGGUUUAUGCUGCCACCGCUACAGAGAAGUCGGAGUGGAUGAACCACAUAAAUAAGUGUGUGUCUGAUUUGCUUUCCAAAAGCGGGAAGACCCCCAGCAAUGAACACGCGGCUGUGUGGGUCCCGGACUCGGAAGCCACCGUGUGCAUGCGCUGUCAGAAAGCCAAGUUCACGCCCGUCAACCGCCGCCACCACUGCCGCAAGUGCGGCUUCGUCGUCUGCGGGCCCUGCUCGGAAAAGAGGUUCCUGCUCCCCAGCCAGUCUUCCAAGCCAGUGAGGAUCUGCGACUUCUGCUACGACCUUCUUUCCACGGGGGAGAUGACUGCUUGUCAGUCCACUAGGUCAGACUCCUACAGCCAGUCACCUAAGUCACCUUUAAAUGAUGUGUCUGAUGAUGAUGAUGAUGAAGACAGUAGCGAUUAAGGACCAAACGUUUUUUCCAUGUGUUGCAAGUUGUGUUUCAAACCAUAUGGAGCUGCUUUUGGGGAAGUCUGUAGUGAGGUUCCUCAGAGAAAUCCUGUUCUAGCCAUGAAAUAUGCCUGAAUAUCUUCAACUGCAAUGUGCCUCAAUCUAUGAAUUCUCUAGACAAUAGUUGAGUUUUUUCUCCUCUGCAGGGAUAGACUGGUGCAAAUGUUAUCAGAAUAUUUUCCAACUUCAUUUACUUGAGUUGUGUCUAGGUUAGACUUUCGUGGAAGAUUGCAGGAUGAAAUGUACUUUCUUAAUUUAACAACCCAUACUUUCUAAUGUUUCACAUUGGUAUGUUAUGUGGGGUUUUUUCAGAUCUAGGGAGGAAAACUGUGAGCACACAUGGGAUGGUGGUGUUUUUGUUAAUCCUGUAGACUGUCUUAUUUUUCUAGCCAUGGUAUAUAACUAAUUACAAGGUCAUCCAAUAUACAAACCUAAAUGUCACAAAACUUGGAAGCUCUUGUUCUGCUGUUACUUAUGACUUCUAUGCCAAGCAGUGCCUUGUACCAAUUGUGCUGAUUCAGGAAGAAACAAACCUAUUUUAUGUCUGUAUUUGCCUAAAUGCUGGUAUCUGAGAGAUUGUUGGUGCUAUUAAAAAUAACUGCUGUGUUCAAAGUGGAGCUUUGACAAGGUCAUAACUGCACCCCAUGGUGAUUGUUGGCACAUCCUCACCUGUGCAGCUUUCUCCUUGCAGAAGCUGUGUUGUGGGUUGGGAUCUUGAGAUGGGAAGCUUAGGGAGAUUCUUCAUGGGGAUUUAUAUACUUUCUUUUCAGAGCAGUUUCUAAGUUUCAAAUUUGGCAAAUGCAUACUGAAAUUUUCGUUGGCUGAUACAGCAUUUGGGUGUGCUAGCCUACAUAUUUUUGGAAGUAAUUCCCAAAAGUGUCACAAUUUUUUUUCUUAAAACACUGGUGAGAGUAUUGGGUUUUUUCUUCCCCCCAGGAGUUUUAUUGGCUUGUUUAAAAAUAACCUCAUAUUUUGAAGAAGAAGCCUGCAAGUAUCCUUACAAAACUUUCCUUUUUACACAGCUGACCUCAGGAUAAAUGUGAGAUGCAAGUUACUUCAUUUUAAAUGUAUACCUAGGACCAAGAAAGAUGUAUUUAAGGACUGUCAUGAAAUUGUCAGUGCAGAAAAUGUCUCUAUCAUAGUGUUCAUUUUAAUUUCUUGAAUACAGAAGUGUCAUGUUCCCAUAUAAAUGCAAAAAUUACACUUGCAAAGACAUGUUAAACCCCCAAAUAUAUGUUUCUGUAUUUUUAUAAUGAUAACCUCAAUUUUGAAGCAGAAAAACCUCUUUGAAAUAGCUGUAUGAAUAGCAACUGACUUUAUACAAAAAAUGUUAAACUUUUGUAUCUCCAAAUGACAAUUUCUGCACUGUUUGCCUUGGUUGGCAAUAAUUGGGUUAAAUAUUUAUUGAAUAAACAAUCAAUGCUGCAUGUUGCACUAGUCUCCCAUUCUGUAUGCUGAAAGUGUCAGUCAUAUUUUUUUAUAAAUAUUGGCAGAGUACUUGAGAGCUGUAUCCCUCCAUGAGAUUUCUGGUAGCUGUAGGUGCACUUAGCAUCUAUAUAGAGGCACUCUGCAUUCUUAGUUUGCAAGAUACUGCUUCAGGUGAAAGCUGCAUCAGUAUUUUUAGCUUAGAAAAUUUCUAAAAAUAAGGCUUUCUUUAGAAGCACUGAGGAGUAUUUGUUCUACUUGGAAAUAAAUACACAAAGGGAAAAACACUCUGAUGCAGACUUGGGACCAGGGAGAUUCUGUAAAAUUGCCAGAUUGUAUGUAUUGACAGACUAGUGGAAAUAAAUAGUUGCAUAUACUGUUGCCUUGAAAGAUGAUGGAGUGGUGACCCUGCAGCAGGGAUGAUGGGCUGUUCUGAGAAGGCACUUUGAGUUAAUAGUGCUUACUUUAUGUACCUCUUGGUAUUUCUAUUUCAGGAGUGGAGACUUGCUAGUUUCAGUUUUUCUAUAGAAUCAAAGUACAAACCUCCCUUGUACAUACCUUUCAGUGACUAACAAUCGUCUUCUUCCUUAUCCAAUUGUUUCUUCUUUCUUAAAAGAAGGUCUUAUUUCUGUCAAAUAUUAACUUGUCUUAUUAAAGAGUCCUUCUCCUUGUGUACUUUCCCCUUGGUUUCCAUAGGUUUUGCUUUUCAGCACCUUUUGGUGGUGGGGAAAGGGUUUGAGAGUUAGAUCACAUCCUGUAUUUUGAGAAUGUACUUGUACCUACUUCAUAUAUCUUUUUAUCUGUGAAUGAAACUUGCACUGUGCUGCACUGACCCCUGAAGCUGUAACCAAACCAAUGUGUGUGUGUGUGUGGAAUUUUUCAUCUGAAAUUGUUGUAUAUGGUCCAAGCUUUUUAAAAAAGCAUUAAAAAUUUGUUUUAUGGAAAUAUUCCUAUUCCUCAGUGAUAUUUGUUUAGAACUUUAUAAAAUGGACUGAACAUUGACUUCUCUUGUAGUUAAAACUUUCUGAAAGGGCUCAUUUCAUACUUUGUAAUCUUGUUCUGUCAAGUUGCUUUAUUUACAAAUACAUGGUAUAGCUUCAAGCCUGUGUUUAAUUUUCUUUAACUGUGGGCCUUCAAAGGCGUGAGGAAACAGGGCAGCUGUUUUUUAUAUUAACAAGUAGUUUAGCAGCAGCUUUAUUCACUGUCAGGAGAUACUAAUAAACUGGGAGCAUAAUCCUGCAGGAGGAGUUUUAAGACUAAUUUUGAAAUAACUAUGGGUAUGGAUUUAGAAGCCACUAAAGGAGUGGUUUAAAAUAAGUAUGACCAAGCACGUUGCAAAGUUUGGGUUUUGUUGGGUUGGGGUUGGUUGCUGGAACUGACAGUUCCAGUCACUGGAAGAGGCUGAAGGCUCUGGGAGUGACCCAGCUCCAAUGCUACAGGUCUCUGUUCUUGGUCCUGUCAGACCACCCCUGGGGACAAGACUUUUUGGGGUAUCAAACAGGAUAGGAACUUGGUACUCGUCCCAAAACUUCUGCACUCUCCAGAUCAUAAAAUAGUCAUUAUGUAAGGGUAGUCUUUGUAUUUUUUGUACUUUUUGUUCGUGG